AUGAACAGAACCUUCAAAGAGAUCCUCGUCAUCGUCGUCUUCUUCUCCAAGAUCUUCUCCGUCGUCGUCGAUUUCGGGCAUGUCAAGCAGAGCCAGAUAUGCAUCUUUUUCGGUCGUGAGGUCGUCCUCUAUGUCGCCAUCAUCAAAAACAAUGAUCCCUCCCUUUCCUGGUGUAUAGGCACGCCCAAUUCGACCCGCAACUACUCCGCUAGGACAGCGUGCCUGAAGACUUUCAUCCUCAUCAAUGGCAGGCUCAAGAGGAAAGCCGCCGAAGACAUUGCCAAGGUUCCAGGGACGGUGAGAGUCGAUGACCCAGACCUCAACGCCGCCAAAGGUCAAUUCGUCUCCUUCGGGCUCCAGCCCAAGCAAAGUCCCCAGGUCGACCAUGCCCCCAACACCGAGACAGACGACGACUCCUCCGCUCGCCCCUUGGGUUUCCAUCAUGGGCUGGACCAAGUCCCGGCCGGCGCGCUCGAGAUCGGCAUAGCCGGAAACAGGCUGCUCGAGCGCAACGAGGACGAGAACGGGUGGUGA